AUGACUUCUCUCAAGCGGAAAUCUCCUGAGUUCUUGACAGCGCCUGAUGCCACUCCAACCGGGCGACCAGACAAGAAACUACGCUUAACCCAAAACCAGAAGCAGGCAUUGAUGGACAACCUUCAACUUGAAAUUACUGAAAGAGCUCGAAAGCUUCGUGCUCAGUAUGCGUUGCAGCAACAUGACCUUCGAUCACGCCUCGAACGACGCGUCAACCGUAUCCCAAUGACCCUUCGCAAAGCUAACAUGGGUGAGCUGCUCGAAAAGCACAACGCGUUCUUGGCUCAGGCCCAAACCACAUCGCCUUCAAGGAAAAUAUCCCCCGCCAAGGUCCAACGAUCAAUUCCAACUAUCGGCUCAAUUGACCAGGCUCUAUCGCCAGCCGGUACCCGAACUCGACGACCAAGUCAUGAUGGUCACUUCUCUGACAAAGAGAACGGUGGACCAGAAGGAUUAAAGAACCCUAAACGUCGAGGUAAAGCCCCAGCAGCAGGUGGAGCCUCCCGCGUCGUCUCACAGGAAGUACGAGGCAACGACCACCGAAUCCUCUCACCUAAAUCCCUGAACUCCCGCACAUACCCGCAGUCCCCAUUCCGCGCCUCUCCAGAGAAGGGCCAGCCAUCUUACCUCUCCCGCCCUACCUCCCCACUCAAGCCAUCAAGCCCUCUUCGCGCUGCUGGCCCAGCAAGCACUACCCGCCCCCGCGGCGCAACAGUCUCCGCCGUCAAGGAUCCCUGGCAACAAUCCACACAACCGAAGAAGACUGGCCGAGCGGCGACUGGGCCUAGGACCGUGGCACCUUCUCCACUCCCUCGCCCUGCUACUCGACAGGGUGAACGCAAGAAUAGCUUUUCUUCGACUGCUUCUUCGGGCACGACUGUCACGAAGCCCACACGUGGAGGUACCGCCCGGAAAGCUACUGCUUCCACUGCUGCGAAGAAACCUGUUGCACCUCGUGCGCAGGCCGCUUCAUUGGCCGUUAAGAAGACUGCUAGUACGGCUGCUAUGAGGAAGACUACUGCCCCUGCUUCUACGACUGAAGCUUCGACUCGGGGGACUCGGGCGCUACGCAAGCGUGUAUAA